CUGUGGCGGUCGUCGAUAGGACGGUCAAGUCAGCUGUUCGCCACAACUUUUGGCCCGCAAAUCAGUACAAAAUUGUAAUCAAUAAUUGUUAGGUAAUAAGUUGAAUUAAACAAUGCUGAAAUAUCUGAAACGACCACUGCUAACGCUGCGCCAGAGUGCCACACGUGCGCUCAGCAACAGCACUAAAACAACCGCAACAACCACUGCUACUGGCGGCAGAUUGAUUGAGGUCAACAAAGCGCUAAAUGGCUGGGAGGCCAAGCUGAAGGACGCCGGAGUCCAGGAUACGGAUUUCAAUCUCAAGUGCAUUGUGUCGCAUGUGCUGAAGCGCAAAUUCAACACUGUGCCGGAUGAUUUUUCCCAGCUGAAAUUUAACUCAGCCCAGUUGGCUGACUUUGAGAGGUUUCUGGAGGCACGCUGCGCCCGCAUGCCGCUACAGCAUAUCAUUGGCGAAUGGGACUUCAUGGAUAUAACGCUGAAGACGGCGCCUACAGUGUUCAUACCGCGCCCCGAAACCGAGGAAUUUGUGCGCCUCGUCAUCGACAAUUACAAGCGGGCGGAGCACGUGAAUAUGCUGGAGGUUGGCUGCGGCUCGGGCGCCAUGUCGCUGUCAAUGCUGCACGCCUUGCCCCAAGUGCAGGCGACGGCCAUUGAGCGCAGCAAGGCGGCCACCGCUUUGGCCUGGGAGAACGCCAAGCUGCUGGGACUGCAGCAGCGCUUCGAGGUCCACAAUCACACCAUGGAGACGGACAAAUAUAUGCCGGAAUCGCUGCACGACAAGCGGUACGAUUUAAUCAUCUCAAAUCCGCCCUAUGUGAAGACGGAUGAGUUUCAGUAUCUGCAUCCCGAAGUCGUCGUCUAUGAGAACCUUAAUGCUCUGGAUGGGGGAUCGGAUGGUUUGCGUGUGGCUCGAUUGGUCUUCGAUUUGGCCUGCGUCCAUUUGCGACCUGGUGGCAAACUGUGGCUUGAACUGGGCAAUGAGCAUCCGCCGCUGGUAAAGACCAUAAUGCAUCUGCAGUACGAAGGACGACUCAAGUUUGUCCAGAGCUAUCAGGAUCAGUAUAAACGUGAACGUUUUGUUCAAUUGGAGAAGGUAUAAGCUGAAAGGGAGUUGACCCAUUUCAUCAAUCGACUCAUGACAUGAUUGAGGCAAUUAUAAUUAGUCGCAAAAUGCAUUUAUCUGUGAUUUGACCUGCCCCACACACUCCCACUUAUAACUGCCACAGAAGCUUAUAUCCACAGGCAUCGUAAACUAUCCCAAUAUAUAUAUAUGAAUCAUUUACUUAUUGCAAUCGAGUAUUUCGCUCCCGGCGAAUGCAAAUGCUAAUUCCACAGCCACAAAAGGAAUUCCGAAUUAAUGCACUUAAUUUCAUUGGCUGCCAUAAAUCAUGUUAAUAGCUACGAAAUAAAUCCGUAAUAGUCACUAUAAUAACAAUAACUAAUAUUAAAUCCGUGGUUUACGCUCUGUGCACAGUGGGUCGAGAGCGCUUCAAAAUGUAAUAGCAAGAUGUAUGAAUUAUAAUUUCAAAAUUUAAUUGGAAGAUCCUUUGAACGUAAAGUUAAGGAGCUAAAGAGUGUUAUAAAUUGAUUUAUAAUUAAUAGUUUGAAUCGGACCAAAAUCUUAACAAGUGCUUUAUUUAUACAUGAUUAAUUCUUUGGCAACUAGAUAAAUGGUUAUUUUAUUCUGUUGAAAACUUCAGAGGCAUUAACAAUAAUGCAAAAUAGUUUAAAUAUUAAAUAUAUCA